UGUGUUUGCAGGUGCUUUCAGAGCCCAGAAGAGGGUGCUGUAUCACUUGGCAUUGGAAUGAUUGGCAGUUUUGAGCCAUCCCAAGAGGAUACUGGGAUCUGGUCCUCAGCCACAAAUGUUCCUGACUGCUGAGUCAUCUCCCUAGACUCUCCUAUGGUUUUUUUUUUUUUUUUUUCCUGCCAAGGGACGCUGGCAAGGGAUGCUGGUGUGUUAACUGGUGGGUGGCUUUUCCUUGCUUGCUUCAAAGGGCAAAGAUGUUUGCUUUCUGCAAAUGACCCUUUGAACAUUCACUCUUUUUUUUUUUUUCGGAGCUGGGGACCGAACCCAGGUCCUUGCACUUGCUAGGCAAGCGCUCUACCACUGAGCUAAAUCCCCAACCCUGCAAAUGACCCUUUGAAGCCCUGUACUUGAAGGGCUGUACGGUCUACACACUAAUGGCCAUGACCUCUGGGGACUGUAUUCAGAGCAAUUAAACAGCCCCCAGGUGAGAUCAAGAUCCAAACCCGUGAGCUAUGUCUCCUUGGAGGCGGGUUGGGCAGGGUGGAUCCCUGGUAAUAACAGCUCUUAGCCAGUAGUUACCUUUGGACUUGUGGGUGCUGUGAGGAUUUGAGGCACUGGAGUUGGGUUUAUACAGGGAGAAAAGGGGUAGAUUGUGGAUUGUGGAUUGUGAAGGAGUCAGAGAACACAUGUGCCUGCUUUGCGGGUGACAACCACCUCCAAGGCAACGAGUGCUCAGGAACGAGAUGGCCUCCUUAGCCUCCUGUACUAGGGCAGGAAGCCUCAUUAGGUAAAACCUGCUGUCAGGUUUGGAUGAACCUCUUUCCUCCUGGUAUCUCACCCAGCAGGCAGUGCUUGCCUAGCAUGGGUGACCCAGCGUGAUGCUAACCAGGCAGUGAUGUCCUCUUCUAAUUCCUGUUAUGGGGAGGUAAAGGCAUGAGAGUCAGGAGUUCAAGGCCAUUCUUGUUAGCACAGCAAACUCUCGGCUGCAGGACACCGUCUCCAACAAUGAAAUCAAAUCAAACCUAAUCAAGAUAACCUUGAGCAGGGAACUAUGAAUGUAGGUCAAGUAACCGAGGUUUGGGGAGAUGAUUCCACACUCAGUCCGACUUGACGCAUACACUCACAAUCGUGAGACAAACUACAAAGACACUGUUGGAAGUAGGCUCAACAUGCUGGGCGGUGGCAGUGCACGCCUUUAAUCCCAGCACCCUGGAGGCAGAGGCAGGUGGGAUCUCUGUGAGUCUGAGGCCAACCUGGUCUGCAAAGUGAGUUCCAGGACAGUCAGAGGGCUACACAAAAAGGGCCUGUCCCAAAAACACAACCCAAACCAAACAAACAAAUAACAACAAUAACAAAACAAACAAAAUCGGCUCAACAAUCUCCACAGAUAGCUCAGUUGGGUUCCUAGCACCCACGUUAGGCAGCUCCUUAUCAACUUUAACUCCAGCUUUGAGGGACCUGACCCCCUCUACUGUUCUCUGUGGGUACCAGUUACCAGUGUGGUGUACAGAGUACAUGCAGGUAAAACACCCAUACACAUACAAUUAAAUCUUUUUUUUUUUUUUUAAUUUAGGGGCCGGAAAGAUGGCUCAGAAGAGCUAUUAUUGCUCCUGUAAAGGACCCAGGUUCAAUUCCCAACACCUACAUGUUAGCUUUCAACUAUCCGUAACUCCAGUUCCAAUGCUCUCUUCUGACUUCAUGGACACCAAGCACACACACAGGGCAUAUAUAUACGUGCAGACAAAACACACAGAAAGCAAUCAAUUGUUUAGAAAAAUCUUUUUUUUUUUUUCCAGAGCUGGGGACCGAACCCAGGGCCUUGCGGUUGCUAGGCAAGUGCUCUACCACUGAGCCAAAUCCCCAGCAGAAAAAUCUUUUAAUAAAAGGCUUUUUGUCCAGAGGGAGGGUCCUUGAAAGGUGUGUCAGGGAUAUUUCAUUCAAUCAAAAGGAAUGGUCGGAUUUAUCACACCUACAGUCUAAGCAGGCCAAUGCAGGAGAACUGCCCUGAGUUCAGGGACAGCCUGGUGCUAAAUAGUGAGUACUUGGCCUUGGCCACAGUGUAAAGCUCUGAAGAAAACGUAAAGGAAAAGGGAGUGUAAUGAGCAGUGGGCGUGGUGGUGACCGGAGGCCAGUGCUUCUUAACCAAACUAACCCUUAGACCCUUCAAUACAGUCUAUGCUGUACUGUCCCCAACCAUAAAAUCAUUUCAUUGCUCCUUUAUAAACCUUGCUACUGUGAUGAGUGGUAACAUAAAUAUCUGAUAUGUAGGCUGGCAGAGUGUCACGAUCCAUAGGUUGAGAACUGCUGCUCUUUUGAAGGGAUGGGAAUGAGGUCAGGUGGAGGGCUGGCACGGUGGGUGGCCUAGGUGCUUGACCUCAGUCGUCCCUGGGGCCGUGUUGGUAGGAGGUGAUGACUGACUUCAUCAAGUUGUUCUCUCACCUCCACACCUGUGCUGUGGUGUGCAAUGAUACCUCCCCUCAUAAACAUAAUAAUUAAUGUAAAAACAAACAAAAACGGUAAGCCUUCGCCUCGGAAGGUGGCUGCACACACCUGUAAUCCUAUCACCUGAGAAGUGGGGGCAGGGUUCUGGGUCAGCCAAGGCUACAAAUGGGGAUUUUACGUGAGCAGGGGGCUAUUAGCAACUGACCUCCAGUAUCGAUGGCUACUGUUGAGUGCUUGGUCCAGCACUUGGGCAGACAUCUCUUGUCACCUGUAUCUAUCUGUCUGGCAGGUGCAGUUAUCUGGAAGCUGACAGGAGAGGAGCCUGAGGCAGAGAGGUUUCAGGCUUUCUAGUGCUCAUUAGACACUGUGAGCUAGCACUCAGGAAGAUACCAUUCUACUAUGUCCAGCACGGUGUGUGCCAGGCCCUGUAUCUUAGCACCCAGUUGUGUGCUCGACAGCUGCUGAGCUUCCGUCUCCUCGUUUUUUCUGGCCCGACUGCUUUCUUCCCUCCAGCUGAAAGGAAGGCCAGACCUGCCCACAUGCUCACAACCCCACUGAAAACUAUGGGAUUUUAUUACUUGAAAUACUGAGGAUUGAACCUGAGGCCUCAUGCAGUGAGGCAAGCACUCUACUGCUCAGCUAUAUAGCCCUGUUUUUGGGGGGGUCUUGGGAAUGGGCACAGGGUCUUACUAUGCAGUUGUGGCUGUCUUAGAAUUUUGGGCCACUCUCAUGCUCUGCCUUCUAAGUACUGGGAUUACAAGUAUACAUCACAGUACCCAGCAAGUUCUUUUUUCUUUAAAGAUUUGUUUUUAUUGGGUCUGAAGAGAUGGCUGCAUAGUUAGAUGGCUGCAGGGCUAAAGAGAUAGCUUAGUGGUUAAGAGAAUUGGCUGCUUUCACAGGAAUCAGGAGGCAUUCCUAGCACUAGAAGACUAAUCUGUUAAGUCCAGUUCAAGGGGAUCUGAUGCUGCCCCCUUCUAGCCUCUACGGGCACUGCAGGCAUGAGGUGCACAGACUCACAGAAGGGCAUAUUGCAUACUUGUACACAUAAAAAUAAAUAUUGGCUGAGCAGUGGUGGCACAUGCCUUGAAACUCUCUGUAAUUCCAGUUCUAGUGAGUCUCAACACCCUGCCCUCUUAGUCUCUGUGGGUACCGCAUAACAUGGUGCACAUAUGUGAAGGCAGAGCACACAUACACGUAACUGAAAACAAGGUCCAUUCCUUAUGUUCAGCUGGGUAUCAGAUCCUCUGGAGCUUGAGUCACAGGUGAUUGUGGGCUGUGUAAUGUGGGUGCUGGGAACUGAACUUCGAAACUCUGGAAGAACAGCAAGGGUUUUUUUUUGUUUUUUGUUUUUUUUUUUUCCGGAGCUGGGGACCGAACCCAGGGCCUUGCGCUUCCUAGGCAAGCGCUCUACCCCUGAGCUAAAUCCCCAACCCCCAGACAGCAAGGGUUCUUAACCGUGGAGUGCCUCCCUGUCCCUCCAAACUAGACCACUUCUAUGUAGGUCUCAGAUUGGUAUUGAACUUGCAGCCAUUCUCCUGCCUCAGCUUUCCAAGUGCUGGGACUAGAAUGACUGGGGAAAUAGGCAUCUGACCCCAUAUUCCCAUCUCUGGUUGGCUCUGGAUACUUAUUGAUGCUGGCUGUUGUUUUUUUAUUCUGUCGUCAAAGUGUCUCUUUCUUGCAGUGUGCUUUGAGGUACCGUGUAGUUCUAUUGUCCUCUACAGGUACAGGUUGGCUAGGCAGCCACAUCACUCACUGGUUAGAGCUGACCCUUGGUUUGCUGCUGUAAUCACACGGCGUCUUGCCCUUGUGUUAAAAGCCCACUGUGGGGUCAACAGGGUAACCACUCUUACUCUUUUGGCUUUUGUUCUGUAUGCUACUUUUGUGAUUUAUGGAGGAAAAAAAAGAGGCAGGUAGUGUUGGUUCCUAAAGAGUAAAGGUCCUGACUUACCACAUGGCCGUUAUGUAACCUGCGGAUGGGUCGUUAUGUAAUGAAGUCUGGAUACCAAGCUCAGAAGUCAGCAGUCUUCAUUUGUGUAAAAGAUGAGAAAUGUUCCUCUCUUGAGACUGUGAGUCUUUCUGACAGGAGAUGUCAGGCAUCUCCAUCCCUAGGGCUUCCCUCUUGGCUGUCACGGAACCACAGAGGCAGAAGGGACUUUUCUGCAGCAGCCCUGUGUGAAAUACAAGCUUGCCACAUUGGCUCACACUGGCUUAGAGUGCUUUCCUUUUCCCUUUCAUUGUGUGGGGGUUUGAGACAGGUCUCAUAUAGCUCAGGCUGGCCCCAACUUACUCUGUAGGCAAGGAUAGCCUUGAACUCCCGACUCUCCUUCCCCAUCUACUGAGCACUGAGUUUACAGGCAGGCGCCACCACUGCUGGCUCUUAAAGAGCUUUUUGUUGUUUUCCUUUUGUUUUGUCUUUAGAGACAGGGUUUCUUCAUGUAGCCCUGGCUGUCCUGGAACUCACGGAAAUGCACCUGCCUCUGCCUCCCAAGUGCUAAGAUUAAAGGGGUGCACCACCAUUCCCAAGCCUCUUUAAAAGUUAAUUUUUACUUUUUAAAUGAUGUGCAUGUCUGCCCUGUGAGUGCAGGAGCUCUCAAAUCAAAGGCAAAAGUGUUGGAGCCCCUGGGGUUGGAGUUGCGGUUAUGAGAAACCUGAUGUGGGAGCUAGGAACAGAAUUGGUUCAUCUGAAAAAAGCAGUACAGGCUCUACCCCUAAACUUGUAUGUGGAUUACGGAAGCUUCUGAGAAGCCACUGGCAUUCUUUUGUUGGUACAGCCAUGGUUCUAAGAGUGAAGUUCAUGACCACGGCAAUCCAAGAGCUCCAGUUGGAUGGCCCCCAAUCAGACAUGCAGGGGGCUUCUGGGGAAUACAGAUGAAAAGGAUCUCGGGGCCUAGUGUAGACAUCAGGUGAACACAUAUGUGACCUGCUGUCCUGAGAGCUGACAUAAAGUUACUAAGAGUGCUGAGGGGAGCCGCAAGAGAAAGGCCGAAGCUCUGGCUGGACACGAGCAAGCAAGACAGGGACAGGUGCUGGGGAGGGCACCCACGACCAGGUAUUGGGAAGAGGAGGCCAGAGGCCUGAAAAAGCAAGAGGUAGUGGUCCACACCUUUAAUCCCAGCACUCAGGAGGUAGAGGCAGGUGGAUCUCUGAGUUCAAGCCCAGCCUUGUCUAGAGUGAGUUCCAGGUAGGACAGCCAGGGCUACAGAGAGAUUGUUUUGAAAGAAAGGAAAAACAAACGCAAAAAGUCCAGUCAAUGACAAAUGAUGCUUAAUGUCUUAAGUUUUAAAAAUUAUUUGGUGUGUAUGAACUUUUUUGGUCUGAAUGUAUGUCUGUUCAUCACAUGUGUGCAAUGCCCUCAGAGGCCAGGCAGCAGGGGUCUGAUUCCCUGGGACUGGUGUGUGGAUCUGGGGAACCCAGGUCCUCUGCGAGUUCAUCUCUCAGGGAGUUGCAAGUAAAUGUGGCAAUCAGGAGUUAGAGACGCCUGUGAAGAGUCAGGUGCAAGGUGUCAGGACUUAAGCCAGCACAGACUGUGCAGGUCCUGCAGGAAAAUCGGGGAUUGCUCAUGCCCCAUGGUUUCCAUGAUUAGGGAACUGAGAAUCAGCACUUUCAUUCAGGAGACAGAGGCAGGCUGAACCACAAGUUUGAGAGUAGCCUGGGCUACAAAUGAGUUCCAGACCAGUAGCUAACACUGAGCUCUAGACUGACCUAGACUCAAACGCCAACUCCUUUAGGUCCUUAGUGUCUGAGCUCACUGUGUGCUAAGCAGUUUCUUUUUAAAAAAGAUUUGAGUGAUCUGUUUGCAUGAACAACUGCAGGCCAGUAGAGGGCAUCAGAUCCCCAUUACAGAUGCUUGUGAGCUCCAUGUGGACACAGGGAAUUGAACUCAGGACCCCAGUGCUCUUCACCACUGAGCCAAUUCUCCAGCUCCACUAAGCAGUUUCUAUGUAGUUCAUUCGGACUACAUCUCACUAGGGAGCUGGUAUUAUUGUUGUUGUUGUUUUUUAACAGAUAUUAUGAUGCAGGUCCGAGACAUUAAGUGGCAAGUUCAAGGAUAAGAUGUUAGUUAAGUCUACACUGGGAGUCUCCCCACCCUCUUUUUUCCUUGUUUGGAACUGAACCCAGGGAAUACACACAGUCUAGACAAGGGUUCUAGGGCUGGGCUACAGCUCCAACCUUUUAUUAUUUUGGGGGAGGAGCUCGAUAAGUUAUUCAUCCUAGCCUUAAACUCACACUCCUCCUGACUCAGCUUUCUAAAUAGUUAGGGUUACAGAACCGGGCAAUGAGGUCGUCUAUGAAUUAAUAGGAAUUUAUUAUUUCCAUUAUUAUUAUAUCCAUUGUUAUUACUUGAGAAAGUUUCGCUACGUAGCGAUUAACUACGUAUAUGAGUGUGUUGCCUGAAUCUACGUAUGUGCACCAUGCAUGUGCCAGAUAAUCGUGGAGGUGAGAGAGAGCAUCAGAUCUCCUGGUACUGGUGUUAUAGAUGGUGGUAAACUGCCACGUGGGUGCUGGGGACGGAACCCAGGUACUCUGCAAGGAACAAGUACUAAGUGCAGAGCCCUCCCCUGAAGCCUUGUCGACCCCACCACCCUACCCAGAUCGGCAUCCUCAACCUGGGUCACCAGCAGUAACACCCAUAGCCCCCUCUCCAGUCUCGCGUGACCUCUGCCGUCCCUUCUUUGAAAUGGGAUCGCGGGUCUUCACGUCAGUCCCGGUUCUCCAGCACUAUCCUGACCAAGGGAAAGUCGACAAGGUGGGAAAAAGGACCCCCAAAAACCCCAAAACCAAUCUCCCCGCUCUGCAACCUGUUUCCAUGACAACCCGGCCAGCCACCGUCGGCCGGUGGAGCGCCGCGCGUCACUUCCAGUUCAUUUGCUUCCGGGUUCUGCUCAUGCCUCCUCGACGGGCCCUAGGAGUGAAGUUCGGUUUCGCGGAGAAGCACUUGUCCCCCGCCUCCUGCCACCUUCUCUCCGUUCCUCGCGUUCACCUACUCGCCACAGAUUUCCGCCGCUCUUUCCUAGGCCCAGCGCGCAGCCGCGAUCCAACCUCCCUCAGGGCCCGCCUCCGUGCGACACUUCCGGACAGAAUACUUCCGGGCUGAGGCUGUCUCCGGUACUAUUCUCGGUUCUUGGAGCCGGCGGGAGCGGCGGGGCCGUGAGGGCCCGUGCUUUGGAGGCGCUCGCUUUCCUGGCGGGCAGCGGCGGAGCAUGCGCUGGUCCAUGGGCACCAUGCCAGUUCUUCAUGUGAUGUGCCAGCCUCCAGCCCCAGAGCCAUGGGGGAGAUGAGGUAGCCCUUGGGUUUGAUUUGGGGAAGCCCAGUUCAAUGGAUACGAAGUACAAGGAUGACUUAUUCCGGAAGUACGUGCAGUUCCAUGAGGGCAAAGUGGACACCACCCCCGGCAAACAGUCUGGCAGCGAUGAGUACCUGCGCGUGGCAGCUGCCACCCUGCUCAGCCUGCACAAGGUGGACCCUUUAUAUCGAUUUCGGCUGAUCCAGUUUUAUGAGGUGGUGGAGAGCUCCCUCCGCUCGCUGAGUAGCUCCAGCCUGAGCGCUCUGCACUGCGCCUUCAGCAUGCUGGAGACAAUGGCCAUCAACCUCUUCCUGUUCCCCUGGAAGAAGGAGUUCCGCAGCAUCAAGACCUACACGGGCCCUUUUGUUUACUAUGUCAAGUCCACGUUGCUGGAGAAGGACAUCCGAGCCAUUCUAAAGUUCAUGGGCUACGAACCUGAGUUGGGGACUGCAUACAAACUCAAAGAGCUUGUGGAGUCCCUCCAGGUGAAGAUGGUCUCCUUUGAGCUCUUCCUGGCCAAGGUCGAGUGUGAGCAGAUGCUGGGAAUACACUCACAGGUAAAGGACAAGGGCUAUUCAGAGCUGGAUGUGGUGACUGAGCGCAAGAGCAGCACAGAGGAUGCACGUGGGUGCUCAGAUGCCCUGCGGAGGCGGGCUGAGAGUCGAGAGCACCUGACCACUUCCAUGGCUCGUGUGGCACUCCAGAAGUCAGCCAGUGAGCGCGCAGCCAAGGACUACUACAAGCCCCGAGUGACCAAACCCUCCAGGUCGGUGGAUGCCUACGACAGCUACUGGGAAAGCAGGAAGCCCCCCUCAAAGGCCUCACUGAGUCUGCGCAAGGAGCCCCUGGCUAUGGAUGUAGGGGAAGACUUGAAGGAUGAGAUCAUCCGCCCAUCCCCCUCAUUGCUGACCAUGUCCAGCUCCCCCCAUGGUAGCCCUGAUGACCUUCCCUCCAUCUCCCCCAUCAAUGGCCUGGGCCUUCUUCGUAGCACGUACUUCCCCACUCAGGAUGACGUGGACCUGUACACGGAUUCCGAACCCAGGGCCACCUACCGGAGGCAAGAUGCUCUGCGGUCAGAUAUAUGGCUGGUCAAAAAUGAUGCCCACUCCAUCUACCACAAGCGUUCACCCCCCACCAAAGAGUCUGCCCUCUCCAAGUGCCAAAACUGCGGCCUGUCCUGCAGCUCCUCCCUCUGUCAGCGCUGUGACAGUGUCUGUCCUUCGGCCUCCAAGCCCAGCGGUUUUCCCAGCAAGGCCUCUGCACACGACAGCCUGGUCCAUGGGGCACCUAUGCGGGAGAAAUAUGUGGGACAGACUCAGGGCCUUGACCGGCUGGCAACUGUCCACUCAAAGCCCAAGCCCUCUACCACAGCCACCUCCCGCUGUGGCUUCUGUAACCGUGCAGGUGCCACCAACACCUGCACCCAGUGUUCAAAAGUUUCCUGUGACCCCUGCCUCGGCGCCUACCACUACGACCCCUGCUGCAGAAAGAGUGAGCUGCACAAAUUCAUGCCCAACAAUCAGCUGAAUUACAAAUCCACCCAGUUCUCCCAUCCCGUGUACAGAUAGGCCCCGCCCCCCAUCUUCUGCUACAAGGGCUAUACACCACUGACCUGGCUUGGCAGCAGAGCUGUGCUGGAAGGGAACAGAGACUUGAGCUUGACCAUGGAAGCGCCAGGGCUAACUGCUCUGUCACACAGCUCACUUGGCACACCACAUCCCAGCCGGCAGCUGCUGUGUGAUCUGAAGGACAGGAUGGCACUUCCAGUCACUUUGCUGACCUCUCCACUCCCUGCUCAGCCGGUUUGGGUUUGGGUUCUGGUUCUGGUUCCCUUGAAAUAAGGUCUCUGUCUCGGGACUCUUGCUACACCUGCCCCCCACUGCAAAGCCAGCUUGGACUGGGAAGGAGCCUUUGGGGUCACUUUCAAAUCCUCAUCAGGAGUGGUGAGCUAGAGGCCUGCUGGCUUGUGAAAUGAGCCCUCCUGCCACACCCGGCCUCUGAUGGCUCGCCUCUCUUUCUGCUCCCUUGAUACAAGGAUCCCUAGGCAGAUGUCCCCACCCUUUGUCUCCCUCCAACUGGUAUUAAAGGGGAGCCAAGUCCAGUGUUAGUUGAAUCCAUCUUGCCAGCUCCACUCAGUCAGCCCACAGUGUUGGCAAGCUCUGCUUGUCAGUUGGAAAGUGGACUCCAUGGCAGGACGGCGUCCCUUCUGUUUGCAUAACCCCUUUACUGUAUUGUAUAUACAGAAUUUGAGGUUUAUUUUUAAAUGAGUGUUCAACUUGCUGUGUGUUUCAACAUGGUGAAAGAAAUUAAUGACAUGAUAUUUAUAAAGGUGCCCCGGGCUCUUUAGUCUUCCAAGGGGGGCUGCGUGCCCUUUCCCGGUGGGAGCUCGGGGUAGGGACUGAUAAAGCCCAUGUUUCUUCCCAUGGUGGUAGAGAGCUACUGUCUUCCCUACAGUAAGUAUUAUACACCUACCUCCAGUGUGCACAUGGGGUUAGCAUGGUGCCGGGGUCUGCAAAGACCUCAGGGACAAGGUGGGGACCUCAGCCCUCACAUCCAUAGCUCUGGUCUUGGUGCCUGCUGAGCAUGAAUCUUGUACCCUAAACCUCGAAUCUCAGAAGGAAGUUCAGGUGGUGGGGUCCUUCCCCUCAUCUUGCCUUCCUCACUGAUUCCCAGGGCUGUCAGCACGGCUCUCUGUCUUUUUGCACUAGGGUGGGCAGAGGUGGUGUGUGCUCAUUAGAUAGAUGCCUCUCCAGUCUCAGCCAAGUAUCCACGCUUUCUGGUAUAAAUCCCACUUCUGGAUUUUCCUUUUUAGGGAGAGGGGCAGGGCAGGGAUUUGAGGCUGUCACUUCCUUGUGAAGUGCUAACACACUUUAGCCAUAGGCAGUUGUGCUGUCCAGUGUUUGGGAUCUAUGUAUAAGUAGAGUUUUCCCAAAGGCAGGCAUUCAGCUCUGGAGCAGGCUUGACUCUGGCCAAACCCUGAGCCACUGUGAAUUUGCUGGUGGUCUUCCAACUUACAGGAGCGAUUUUAAGGUUUUCCAAAUCUUAUAUGACUCUUUUUUUAAUCUCUAACUGAUAGACCACAUGUAGAUAAGUGUAUAUACAGCUGAAUUUGGGCAAUUUUAUUACUGAGACUGGCCUUCCUGGGCAGCUCUUUGAUGUUCCACACCUCAGAACUGGCAAUGCCUGGCCCUUUCCUGAGAGCUCUGGUUUUCCAUUCCAGUUACUCCAGCAAUGCAGGGACUCUCUUAAGAUGGGGGACAGGUUGCCUCAGGAAGUCCAGUGUGCUUUCCACCAGGAAAUACUGUGUACAGACUGGCAAGGCCUCUUCCCUCCGAGGUGUGUCUCACUAUAGGAGAGUGCUGUGAUCCAGAUAGUUGAGUAUAUGCUAAUUUAAAAAUGCACAUAUUUUGCAUUUGAUUUCUACAGAGUUGAAAUGUUGAGAGACUUUAAAAAAAUAAUAAUAAAGUGUCUUCCAUUGUUAAAUGAAGUGUUUAUGGUGUUACAGCCCCUUCUGUGGCUUCCCUCAUUUGCAGUAUGCUCGGGCCUGGACACCAUGGUUAGCUCAAGUGACAGGACUCAGAUAUGGCUGCCUGGUCAUCUGGGAAAGAUGGGAGCCAGGGCCAGGAGUCAGGCUGCCCAUUUCCCCAAAGUGAACUUUGUCCUCCAGGAGAAAUAACUGUUACAGACACACCUUUUCCCCUGCCUUCUGACGUUUUCUCAUUAAAGGCAUGUUCUACCACA